GAAGCACGGUGUUCAGAACAUACGACUGGCCAAUUAGGAAGCCAUGUUUGUUAAUUGGACCGAACUUCCAACCGUUAAUGCACGUAACCGUUUGUUUGAAUUGCAAACGACAAUUCACAUUAUCAUCAUCAUUAAUUGUGUUUCUCAUCAUUCAAACUGCAAUUCUUCAGAUUCCAUCCAAUUGAGCGGCACACAGAAAUGAUCUCAAUCUUUCCCUUCCAAAUCCAACUGCUAUAAACAUACUUUCCUGCAACUCACAGUCUCGCAUCCAAGAAGAAUGCAUGGAGAGGGAGGAAACACAGAGAAAACUCCUGAGAAACUUGUCCAAAAUACAAAUUUUUUUAUCUUGAGAGAAGCGGCACUACGUUUCUCUGCAUUCGGUAGCCUGAGAUGGCUACGGAUUUUCUAGGGUUUAUAGUCGAUAAAGCUCUGUGGCUCACUUGGAUGCUUGUUACUUCAGCCAAGCAUUAUCUCUGUGUCUCUUCUUCCACCCCGGAGGACGAAAACGACGCAUAUUUGCCCUGGUCCAGGCCUUCCUGUGCUUCAAUUUCCUGCAAAGAAGAACAUUUUGACAGAUUUAGGCCUUCCCGUUCUUCAACUCACUGCAAAGAAGAAUAUUUUGACAGAUUUAGGACUUCCCGUUCUUCAAUUUCCUGUAAAGAAGAACAUUUUGACAGAUUUAGGCCUUUUUGUCCUUCAAUUCGCUGUAAAGAAGAACAUUUUGCCAGAUUUAGGUCUUCCUGUCCUUCAAUUCACUGCAAAGAAGAACAUUUUGACAGAUUUAGGCCUUCAAUUCCCUGUAAGGAAGAACAUUUUAACAGAUUUAGGCCUUCCGGUCGUUCAAUUCACCGCAAAGAAAAAUAUUUUGACAGAUUUAGGCCUUCCUUUCCUUCAAUUCACCGCAAAGAAGUACAUUUUGCCAGAUCUGCCGCGCCUCCAGUCCUGGUGGAAGAUUCGGAAGCUCUGCCUUCUGUUUCAGGGAGAAAUCGCGAGGGGAAGAAACGGGUGCGGUUCGCUGCUGAUGUCAUUGAACCAUCAAGUGACGGCAAAGAGUACAGGAGGCGUCAUGCCCGCACAUCGAUAAGAUAUCAGUUAUGCGAUUAAUAUUUUUCCUGUUAUGAUUAUGAUAAUUUUAUAGAGAACUCCGCUCCUUAUUCUUUUAGGACUUCGUUGAACCAGUUGCCAUCUUAGAUUUAUGCCGUUGAAGGAAAGGGAUAUUAACUGUGAUCUCGAAUUAGAUCAAAUCUUCCACUGAUUCUAUCAUACUUGACCACAAAAAUUGUUCUUAGAGUCACUUGAUCUUGUUUCUUUGAUUUUUUUUAUUUCAAGUCUAGGAAUUUCUCGGAAAAUUGUCCGAAGCUGUAAAUUUCUGUGAUGCCGGGAAAGAAAUCAGUCGCCGAAAUUAUCUGUCCUGUUAUGAUUAUGAUGAUUUUAUAGAGAACUCCGCUCCUUAUUCUUUUAGGGCUUCUUUGAACCAGUUGCCAUCUCAGAUUUAUGCCGUUGAAGGAAGGGAUAUUAACUGUGAACUCGAAUUAGAUCAAAUCUUCCACUGAUUCUAUCAUGCUUGACCACAAAAAUUGUUCUUAAGAGUCACUUGAUCUUGUUUCUUUGAUUUUUUUAAUUUCAAGUAUAGGAAUUUCUCGGAAAAUUGUCCGAAGCUGUAAAUUUCUGUGAUGCCGGGAAAUAAAUCAGUCGCCGAAAUUAUCUGGAAUAAGUAUUGCUUUUGAUUUUCUGGGGAUUAUACGAAUACGAAAAAAACGUCUUCUUGCUGAUAUAAAUGUAGCCGUCCAUGAAUAUAGCUCGGCUUGCCCGGUUGCCCUGAAUGUUCUUCUAAGGUUUAACUGUCUGUUGUUUGCAGAAAAUUGUUGUUAUGGUAACUUGUGUUCUUUUCAAAUAUUGUGGUCGUUAACUGAUUGGAAUUUG